UGUCAGAAUCCCAAACUUUUUUCUCCAACAUUUAUCCGCAUUAAAGGGAACGGAACGGCCGUUCCGGACGCUUCCUGGCCGCGGUGGAGAGCUAGGAGCUCGAGCCCCUGGGUCUCUUAUUGGGCCUUCAGUCUCCCCGGGCCGCUCGGUUCGGUUCCCGCGGUGGCGGUGGCUGCGGCAUCUCCGAGCAGGUUCCAGCGACCUCUGUCGGGGGUUCCCUGCAGCCGCUCAGCGCGCCGCCGCCCCCCCGCCCACCAGCCAGCCGGGCCGGGCUCGGGGAGCGAAAGGGGCUGCGCCCGGGAGCGCAGAGCCCAGGCUCCUCCCGGUGGCGUGUCCGCGCCUCGGGGUGGGGGUGUGGUGGGGAUGAGGGAGGGGGCGAGGCAAGGGGAGGGUGAGAAGGAGGCGCCAGCCUCCAACCUGCGGGCGGGAGGUGGGUGGCUGUAGGGCAAUUGAAAAAGAGCCGACGAGGAGUUCCCCAAAACUUGUCGGAACUCCGGGCUCGCGCAGAGGGCAGUAGCGGAGCGGCGGUGUCUGCCUGGGCGAUGGGAGUGCGGGAAGGACCGUGAACGCCUCUUCCUCCUCGGGCUGCAAGCACGCCGGACAGAGGCCAGGACGGGAGCCGACAGCGGCGGGUCCCAAGGACUUCCCUGGGCGACAGGACCAGCCCCCAGAGCGAAGGCGACCGCCUGACUGAGCGACCGACCGACCGCUAGUCCCAGGUGGCAGGGACCGCACGCCGCGUCCGAGCAGCUCCCCGCAGGCGACAGGAGACGCCCCCGCGCAGGCGAGCGCGCAGCUGGGUCGCUCUCUCCCUCCAGGGAGAAACUUCCCAAACCCGAUCCAAGCCCUGGGACCAAACUUGCGGCGCAUUGCCUUCCGUGUAGAGCGUGCACUCGUAGAGCGAGAUGUCCGAGCGCAAAGAAGGCAGAGCGAAGGGCAAGGGCAAGAAGAAGGACCGAGGCUCCGGCAAGAAGUCCUCGGCGGGCGGCCCGAGCCCAGCCUUGCCUCUGAGAUUGAAGGAGAUGAAAAGCCAGGAGUCCGUCGCAGGCUCUAAACUAGUGCUUCGGUGUGAGACCAGCUCUGAAUAUUCCCCUCUCAGAUUCAAAUGGUUCAAGAAUGGGAGUGAAUUGAAACGAAAGAACAGACCAGAAAACAUCAAGAUACAAAAAAAACCUGGGAAGUCAGAACUUGUCAUUUCCAAAGCAUCGCUGGCUGAUUCUGGAGAAUAUGUGUGCAAAGUGUUCAGCAAAUUAGGAAAUGACAGUGCCUCUGCCAAUAUCACCAUUGUGGAUUCAAAUGAGAGCACCACUGGCAUGCCAGCCUCAACUGAAACAGCAUAUGUGUCUUCAGAGUCUCCCAUUAGAAUAUCAGUAACAACAGAAGGAGCAAAUACUUCUUCAUCUACAUCCACUUCUACUACCGGAACAAGCCACCUUGUAAAAUGUGCAGAGAAGGAGAAAACUUUCUGUGUGAAUGGAGGCGAGUGCUUCAUGGUGAAAGACCUUUCAAACCCCUCACGAUACUUGUGCAAGUGCCCAAAUGAGUUUACUGGUGAUCGCUGCCAAAACUACGUAAUGGCCAGCUUCUACAAAGCAGAAGAGCUGUACCAGAAGCGAGUGCUGACCAUCACCGGCAUCUGCAUCGCCCUGCUGGUGGUCGGCAUCAUGUGUGUGGUGGCCUACUGCAAAACCAAGAAACAGCGGAAAAAGCUUCAUGACCGUCUUCGGCAGAGCCUUCGGUCCGAACGAAACAACAUGGUGAACAUAGCGAAUGGGCCUCACCACCCUAACCCACCCCCCGAGAACGUCCAGCUGGUGAAUCAAUACGUAUCUAAAAAUGUCAUCUCUAGUGAGCAUAUUGUUGAGAGAGAAGUGGAGACAUCUUUUUCCACCAGUCAUUAUACUUCGACAACUCAUCAUUCCACAACUGUCACCCAGACUCCCAGUCACAGCUGGAGCAAUGGACACACUGAAAGCAUUAUUUCGGAAAGCCACUCUGUAAUCAUGAUGUCAUCAGUAGAGAAUAGUAGGCACAGCAGCCCAACUGGGGGCCCAAGAGGACGUCUUAAUGGCAUGGGAGGCCCUCGAGAAUGUAACAGCUUCCUCAGGCAUGCCAGAGAAACCCCUGACUCCUACCGAGACUCUCCUCAUAGUGAAAGACAUAACCUUAUAGCUGAGCUAAGGAGAAACAAGGCCCACAGAUCCAAAUGCAUGCAGAUCCAGCUCUCAGCAACUCAUCUUAGAUCUUCUUCCAUUCCCCAUUUGGGCUUCAUUCUCUAAGACCCUUUGGCCUUUAGGAAGGUAUGUGUCAGCAAUGACCACCCCGGCUCGUAUGUCACCUGUAGAUUUCCACACGCCAAGCUCCCCCAAAUCGCCCCCUUCGGAAAUGUCUCCGCCUGUCUCCAGCACGACGGUGUCCAUGCCCUCCAUGGCAGUCAGCCCUUUUGUGGAAGAAGAGAGACCUCUGCUUCUGGUGACCCCACCAAGGCUGCGGGAGAAGUAUGACCACCACCCUCAGCAAUUCACCUCCUCCUUCCACCACAACCCUGCGCAUGAGAGCAACAGCCUGCCCCCUAGCCCCUUGCGGAUAGUGGAGGAUGAGGAGUAUGAAACGACCCAGGAGUAUGAGCCAGCUCAAGAACCUGUUAAGAAACUCAACAACAGCCGGCGGGCCAAACGAACCAAGCCCAAUGGCCACAGUGCCAACAGGUUGGAAAUGGACAGCAACACAAGCGCUGAGAGCAGUAACUCAGAGAGUGAAACAGAGGAUGAAAGAGUAGGUGAAGAUACACCUUUCCUGGGCAUACAGAACCCCCUGGCAGCCAGUCUAGAGGCGGCACCUGCCUUCCGCCUGGCGGACAGCAGGACUAACCCAGCAGGCCGCUUCUCAACACAGGAAGAUUUGCAGGCCAGGCUGUCUAGUGUAAUCGCUAACCAAGACCCUAUCGCUGUAUAAAACCUAAAUACACACAUAGAUUCACCUGUAAAACUUUAUUUUAUAUAAUAAAGUAUUCCACCUUAAAUUAAACAAUUUAUUUUAUUUUAGCAGUUCUGCAAAUAGAAAACAGGAAAAAAAACUUUUAUAAAUUAAAUAUAUGUAUGUAAAAAUGUGUUAUGUGCCAUAUGUAGCAAUUUUUUACAGUAUUUCAAAACGAGAAAGAUAUCAAUGGUGCCUUUAUGUUAUGUUAUGUCGAGAGCAAGUUUUGUACCGUUGCCGUGAUUGCUAUUCCACAGUAUUUCAGCCAAACCUCCCAUACAUUCAGUUGUUGCUGGCUUCUUGUGCAUCGCAUUAGGAUGUUGACUGGAUGUAUGGUUUGCAAGACUUGCAACUGUUCCUCUGUUUGCUUCCAGUAGUACCUACUCAGUACAUCUUGUAAUGGCACAUCCAUCCAAAUACUGUUCUCUUUUGUACGAAGUUUUCUUUUGCUUUCAGUAUAUGAAAUGAGUUGUGUCUACUCUGCCAGCCAAAGGUUUGCUUCACUGGGCUCUGAGAUAAUAGUAGAUCCAACAGCAUGCUACUGUUAAUUACAGCAGGAAACUGCGCUAAGUAAUGUUAACUAUUAGGAAGAAAGUAAUAUUGUGAUUUUUUUAAAAAAACAAACUAUAUUAUUAAUCAGAAGACAGCUUGCUCUCACUACAAGGAGCGACCAUUUACUUUAUUUCUAUUUAUUUUUCUUGACAAAAAGCAACAGUUUUGGGGGGUAGCAUAGAAAAUGGGUUCUGGCUUGCUACCAGGGUAAAUCCAACACCUUCUAAGAGGACUCAAUUUCACUUUCUCUCUGGGGGACUGACACAGCAGCUCAAUCUAGUUGAAGAGCAAACCAUGGCUGGAAAAGGUGCAAUCAUUCUUGACUUGUGUUUUUCACUGAUUUGAAAGCUAGUGAUUGGUUGUGUCUUCUCAGCUCAAAACAGACAUGCUAUGGCACAAAAACCCCAGCUUACACAGCACACUCAGCAAUUCAUCUGAAAUACUUCUAGAGGGAAAUGUGCCUGCUGUACAUAGUGGUGAAUUAUCAUCGUCGGGGACUAGAGUGUCUAGAAGGAGUGAAUGUAUAGAAGACACAGUUGAAGAGCAGCUAUGUGGCUUGGUUGCAGUUUUAAACAGUUUUGUUGACAACUCCUUUCUCCUCAUCAUUUGUCUCUUGUUUUUCAAUGUUGCUUUGAUUUGGUCAUAACUGUGCAUGAACAUUUUUGUCAGGAAUGGCCAAUGUGCAUGUGAUUUGUGAUUAGUAAGAACCUUCCACGAGUGAUGAUUCAUCAGGAAAUGUCAAUAGUACUGGAAAGAUUGCACCUUUCCUUGCAGAAAUGACCCCCUCCUAUGUACUGACCUCUCAAUUUGCAGCCUGUAUCACCCAUGUUCUCCCCUUUUCAUUUUACUAUCUUAAAAGAGGACUGAGAUGGGUCUAAACUUUGCAUGUUCUCUUGUGAUUGUAAAUCCAAGGAAGGCCUAUAGGUAUUAACAUUUGAAAUAACUGCUAAUUCAGGAAAAUAAGAGAAUUUUUUUUUAAUUGCAGGCCUCAUUUCAUGCCCUCCCUGAUAUCUGUGAAAUCAGGCCAGAGCUUUAGUUGGGUUUCAGGUGGCCUCUAGGAGCCAUGGGACAAAAUGGGAAACAGAUUAACAAAGCAUUCACAAUACCAGGCAUGAAGUCAAUGAAAAGAAAUGUUUCUUGUUUGCCGGUGAACUGAACCUAUUUCUUCACCAAAUCUCUAUGUUAAAGUUAAAGGGAAGAAAUACCAUGCCAGUAGGUCUAAGAAGAAAAAUGGCAGGUAAGCACGAAGCCUGCACUUAAACUCCUACAUGUUUCUGCAGUCUACAGAGAUAGGCCUGUCUGCAGGUCCUGUGGUAACUUCUAGUAUUUUGCAUCCCAAGCUGACCUUCACAGUUCACAGACCACCUUCUCUGUGCUCCGCGGUGUCCUCUUUUGCCUGGUAACCUGCACUGAGGGGCUGCGUCAGGCUGCACAGGUUGUACCUAUUUUCCAGCUCUGUAGAAACGAGGGAGCUCAUGGCAGGCAGAAGAAGACAGGCAAUCCUAAGAGGGUCUCUAAAUUAUUCCAAUAUUGCCUUUGAAGGGCCUGGGUCAUUCUUAGACUAUAUCAGUAAAGAAAUUCCUAUCAUUAAUGAAAACUCUAAAAUUUCUGUUUCAAAUCCUUCAGGCUCUGGAGUAUUCAAAUGUCUCAUUCUGGAGGAUUUCAGAAAUAAAUAAAACCUCUUGAGAGCAAUGAACAUUUUCCUCAGUUUGAAAAUUACUGUCAAUUUUCAGGUUGCAAAAAUAUAUGAAAACUUAGGAUAAGAGGGAAUUUCAUUUUCAACUUGAUCACAGAGGUGACAUCCAACUACAGUGUUUCCAUCUGCAGAACAAGAGCUUCCCUUGAUAAAGAAAGAUGGCUGACUCCUCAGGGCUACCUGCUGUGGCCACCAGAUUUGUGUUCACAGGGACAUCUCUGUGACGUUUAAUUGCCACAUCGCUCUCAAGUCUCCCUGUUUAUAAUCUCAGGCAGUGCUGUGGCAAUCUGAAGGAACAGAACCUAUGUUCCCAUCAUAUGGAAAGCUUUCGUGGGUUUUCGGGUAGUGGAACUUGCCCACAGGUUCAACAGCAACUUUGCUUCCUGGGCCUGAAAUCCCAUCCCGUUGAGGGGUAUUCAGUGGAACAUAGUAUAUGCAAAACUCCUUUUUCUCACUCAAGGUUCCUUUUCUGUCCUACUCUCUCUUCUUGCCUGGUGUGACGUUUUUUUCAAGGGUACCUGGAUAGCUUCAUGCUUUCUACUAAACAGCAGUCUACCUGAGGGUAUGUGAAAGUGUUCCAAACUCCAACAUGCUGCAUCUUCCUUGGGACUGUCUUGGUAUAGGUGGGGAUUAUCCAGGGUAACUUGCUCAGUAACUAACUAUUCCUUUUUUUUAAUUGGCCUGAGGUUGAAAGGUGCAUGGCUCACACUGGAGAAAUAAGGAAGGCCUGGUUUUAUCAAGCAGUACUGGCUGCAUUCCACCAGUCACAGAGAUUUCUAUCCACAAAGACCCAUGAAACACUGCAGAGAAACACAGACAAAAGGAAAUGGCCACAUAUCACAAGUUCUAUUAUAGUAUAUUCUUUUGUAAAUACACAUUGUACAUGACUUGAAUGUUUUUCUAAAUCAUUUACUGUCUUUAUGAGUUAAUGUCAAAUUUUUUUACUCUCUCAACUUACUGUGUAACAAUUGUAAAUAACAUAAUGUCCUUUAUUAUUUAUAUUUAAGCAUCUAACAUAGAGUUGUUUUCCUAUAAGUUUAAGAUAAAUGUCAAAAAUAUAUGUUAUUUUUUUUGUUUUUCUUUGCUUUAAAAUUAUGUAUCUUUUUCUUUUUCUUUUUUUUUAAAGAAUAAUUUAUUGUUCAGGAGAAAGAAUGUAUAUGUAAUUGAAACUAUUUGAAGAAUGCACAUUUGAAGGCCGUGAGGUACUGAUAAACUAAAGAAUUUAUUAUCCAAAAUACUAAGCAAUAAGUAAUUGUGAUUUAUUUAAAAUUUUGUUCAUUUUCCAUGAAAGACAUACUGCAAUAAAAAGUGCUACUCUGUGGA